UGCAGGCCAAGGCAAGGCCGGCCUAGCUCGCUCGCUCGCUCACUCCCGGGUAAACACCAGGUCCGGGACCCGGAGGAGGAGGAGGAGGAGGAGCAGAGCCAGUCCGCACCGGGACCCCAGUCCGCUGUGGUGGGUGAGGAUGGUGUCCCGGCUGAGCCUCCUUCAGGGGGAGCUCCUGGGGGCGCUGCUGGGCUCCGGGGUCAGCAAGGACGCCCUGGUGGCCGCACUCCGGACGGGUCAAGGGGCGGACGAGGAGGAGGAGGAGGAGGAGGAGGAAGAGGAAGAGGAAGGGGAAGGAGAGGAGGAAGCCCACCGCCUGGAGGAGGCCCCGCUGAGGAGGGAGCUGGAGCGCCUGAGCCCACACCAGGCCGCCCAGCAGAAGGCCCUCGUGGACACCCUCCUCCAAGAGGACCCCUGGCGGGUGGCCAAGAUGGUGAAGUCCUACCUGCAGCAGCACAACAUCCCCCAGCGCGAGGUGGUGGACACCACGGGCCUCAACCAGUCCCACCUCUCGCAGCACCUCAACAAGGGCACCCCCAUGAAGACCCAGAAGCGCGCCGCCCUCUACGCCUGGUACGUCCGCAAGCAGCAGGAGGUCGCCCAACAGUUCACUCACGCCGGCCAGGACCUGUCUGCGGAGGAGGAGUCCGUGGCGGGGGAGGAUCUCCCGGCCAAGAAGGGGCGCAGGAACCGCUUCAAGUGGGGUCCCGCCUCCCAGCAGAUCCUCUUCCAGGCCUACGAGAGGCAGAAGAACCCCAGCAAGGAGGAGAGGGAGGCCCUGGUCGACGAGUGCAACAGAGCAGAGUGCCUCCAGCGAGGGGUCUCCCCGUCCCAGGCACAGGGGCUGGGCUCCAACCUGGUCACCGAGGUCCGCGUCUACAACUGGUUCGCCAACCGGAGGAAGGAGGAGGCCUUCCGGCACAAGCUGGCCCUGGACGGCUACGGGGGGCCUCCGGCGGGGGCCGCUCCCCACUUGGCCCCUGGCGACGGGGCCCCGCUCUCCCCCAGCAAAGUCCACGAACAACAACAAGAACAACAACAUCAACAGAACGUCCCGUUCGCCGACCCGGGCCUGAGGUACCACCAGCAGCAGCCCGUCGCGGCCAGUGAGACCAGCGAGUCCUCGCCCUGCGACCCUCUCGGGGGGAACGUGGUCGCCGUGGCCGCCCACACUGCCCUCCACCAGGUCUCAUCUCCCUCCGGCCUCUGCUCACCCGCCUCCGGGUCGGCCCCGGAGGUCAAGAUGAUCCCGGUGCCCGGAGGCCCACUCCCGCCGGUGAGCACGCUGACCGCCCUGCACGGCCUGGAGCCCCGGGCGCUGAGCCCCCAGACCCAGAGCCUCAUCAUGGCCUCCCUCUCGGGGGUCAUGGCCAUCGGCGCCGGGGACCCCUCCUCCUUCGCCCACGCCGGGGGAUCCACGCUCGUCAUCGGCCUGGCGUCCACUCAGGGCCCGAGCGUCCCAGCCGUCCUCAACAGCAUGGGCAGCAGCCUGACCACUCUCCAGCCGGUCCAGUUCUCCCCGCAGCUCCACCCGUCCCCGUACCAGCAGCAGGUCCAGAGCCCCUUCGUGGCCUCUCACGCGCUCUACGGCCACAAACAGGAAGCGGCCCCGUUCGCCCAGGCCAGCUUCCUGCUGACCGACACGUCCGGCCUGACCCCGGCCAAACAGGUGUUCGCCCCCGACCUGGAGAUCCUCCCCGCGAGCGGUCAAGCGCCCGGCGGCCCCGAGGCGGCCAUUUCCCACCUGGGCUCCAGCCCUGCCGGGUCCUCGUCGACGUCCGGCGGCCUGACCCUGUACCCGGGCCCCCAGUCCGGAAUCGAGACCUUCAUCUCCUCCCAGUAACAACCAUUAAUAAACAAAUGCCCAAUUUAUUUAUACGUCAA